CACUCAACAACAAAUACUGCAGAAUACAGAUGUUUUAUAAAGUGAGAAUUUAUUUUUAGGUUGUUUAUACAGGACAGCUCCUUUAACAUUUAAAAGUAUUCCAAAAUAAAACAAACUACAGAUUUCUGUAACAUUUCACGAGUACACUGGCAAACGUUUACCGAAAUGGAUAUGACUACGUCCUGGAAUAAAGCAAGUGUAAUCCCGUAGUUUUCCUUUCGUGAAGCUAUAUUUCAUCAGCCGCGCCAAACAUCAACGAUGACGUGCAUUUUCCGAAUUCGUCUCUGUCCGUCGCCGCAUAAUUUCGAAGCAACGUCACAUAUUCAACAGACUUCAGUUGUUAUCUUGAGCAUUAUCGCUUGAAGAAGAACCAACACAAAACGAAAAUCCAGACAGAAGAGACUUCAGAAGGAUGCGUGGCCGUCAGCGAAGCCCGCACCUGGGCCUGCUGCUGCUUUUCUUCAAGCUCUACCAGGUAGGCUUGGAGAACAUCCCCCCCGUCACUUUGGCCAUGCUGGGCCUCAACACCUACUUCUUCCUCCUCCCUGCAGCUGAACUCAACAAGGUGUGUUUGAGUGUCCAUCAGGUGUACAACAUGGGCGAGUGGCUCCGCCUCUUCCUGUCUCCUUUCCAUCAUGCUGACAGCAUGCACCUCUACUUCAACAUGGCCUCCUUCCUCAUUAAAAGUAUCCGGCUGGAAAGCCUUCUGGGCUCGACUUGGUUCGCGUCCAUACUUGCCAUCUUCUCGCUGCUCACCGGUGUGGUCUACCUGGCGUUGGAGUUGGGUCUUACCUACCUGACCCAGGAAGAGACACCCAGCAUGGCAUGCGCUGUCGGCUUCUCAGGGGUUAUUUUCGCACUGAAGGUCCUGAAUAAUCACUACCACCCUGGCAGCGUGACUUAUUUGUUGGGCUUCCCGAUAUCCAACCGCUACGCCAGCUGGGUGGAGCUGAUCCUCAUCCACAUCACGACACCUGGGACCUCCUUUGUUGGUCAUCUGGCGGGCAUCCUAGUGGGACUGCUCUACACCACCGGACCGCUGAAAAAGGUGAUGGAGAUGUGCGCAGGGAUGAUGUCAUCCAACACCUUGAUGCCUAGAACAUCCUUCAAAUCCUCAGGCUGCAGCGGCAGACACUCCGUAGGCAGUCGGUCCACGAUGGACAAGAGAUCAUCGUCGCGGUACACCAGUGGGAUGACGGAGGAAGACCAGCUGGCGGCGGCCAUCAGGGACAGUCUCCGUGACACAGGGCGACAUCGCGGGGACUCACCUUUGACGGGUCAUCCUCCGUAUGGCAUCCGCUUGACAGAUAAGGAGCUCCGUGCCAGGAGGCUGAUGCGAUUGGACGGCUUGUUGUGAAAAGCCGUGAAGAGAUGUCUCGGAUAUAUAUACAAUUUUGGCACGCAGCCUCGCCCAUAAAAGCUGAUGAGCUAUGUGGCCUAUUAUUAACUUUAUAUUAUUAAUCACGAGGAGCAUUUCUUUGGGGGUAACUUUGUUUGGACUCCAAAUCAAUUCCCAACUAAGGGGUUGUGGAUGUGGGCUGGUACUGCCAGUUCCUGAGGUGAUGGCAGCUUUUGGCAGAGUCUAAACUAACGUUUGAGCUGUAUUUUAGCACAAUUGCAGAGUGACAUGUUGUUGUUCCUGCGGUUUACAGCGGGUGUGGUUAAUUGGUGUACUUGAAACAGUGCGCUGUGAUCAAACAGACCGCAUGAGCAGUCACAUACGCACUGUUUUGGAGACCGUAUUCCAACCUGAAUGUGAUGUGGCAUUGUGAUGAUUGAAAGAAUGUAAUAAAGAUGAUAAUUACAAAAAAAUGUUCAAUGAA